AACAUGUAAACAGGCCACUCGCGAGACAAACAACGUGGGGGCCGCGGGCUGUUCACCGAAUGAGGCAGCCAGGCUCUCGCCUGCUCGUUCGUUCGUCCGUUCCUACAUACGUUCUCCGGCCUGGCAUUCCGUGUGUGCUUCGUUUCCGUUCCGUCGUCGGUCCGUCUGUUCCUCGUCGAGCCUCGACGCCGCUACCGGCGGUUCCGCGCCGCGAAAACGUUCCUCCUAUCCGCGCGCCUCUCGACCUCGAUCUAGGGACCGUGGCCCGUGGUGGCGCACGAAAGGAUCCGAAGGUCGCUCGCCGUUUGGAGAACUGUGGUGACACACGGUGCGCACGUGUGACUGGCUCCGUCGGAUCGCCGAAAGGAUCGCGGGACCGUUCGGUGGCCGGUGCCAGGUCAAUGGGAGAGACCGAGGUGUCUUAUGGACGCCGUUCGAGUGCCAAUAACCCGAGCACGCAGUCGAUGCACGGAGGAAGACCACCGCAGUGUAUAUAGCCGGUUUUCGUGCGGUCCCUCCUCAGUUAGCGUCGCGCGUUCGCGGAAAAUGCGCGCGAUCGGCGCCACGAUACAGUUUGUUUACUCGCGCCUCGUCCCCGCAUAAUCGCCGCCGCGCCGCGCCGCGCCGCACCGCGCCGCACCGCGUCCAGUUUCAGUGUGUGUGGAUCAGUGUGUGUCGUCCGACGUGUGUUCCGCACGGUGUGCACCGAUCUGCGGAUUGUUUCGCGCCGAUCGGUCUUCCUCUUUCUUUCUCUCUCUCUCUCUCUCUCUCUCUCUCUCUCUCUCUCUCUCCCCUCCGCCCCUCCCUCACUCACACGCACACUCUCUCUCUUUCUCUCUUUCUCUCUCUCUUUUUCUGGUUCUCGGUGUUGGUAACGCGAGCCGCUCGAACGGAAUCGAUUAUAGCCGCGUGAAAAUCGACGAGUCGCGGCUAGAACGCAUUCCAGAGCCGCGGUGUAAUCGCGAACAGGUGUACACCUUAAUGAUACACCGACGGGACCGUUGGAAAUCGCUGUUAACAUCCGCGUACAGUGAAGAGGAGGUGCCUCGCCGCGGGUCCGGCGUGAAUCAUUAGUUUCUUGCUCGGCGAGCCCGGGUACCACGUGAGUCAGUGGUGUAUUCUUCCCAGGCUUCUGAGACAGGGUGACAUGGCUCGUUAAUGGACACAUCGGUGAGAACCCGUUCGACAACAGUUCCUGGGGAAAGGAGCAGUUUCAACCCUCCGCGGUUCCUUGGCAGCUGAACCCGCGCGGCCACGCUCGUCCCAAUGAUGAUGGCAUAAUGGAUCAUGACACGGACGGAGACGGCGCGAUCAACUUGUCGACCUCGCAGCGACCCUCCGCCGCCACCACCCCUAAUGGUGACACCUCCGCGUACGGCCAGGAUCAACAAGACAACGACCAGGCAACUUCGCUGUUUGCAGCCUUGAAGCAGCAGCAACAGCAACCUCGGGACAGUGUUCCCUCGUCGAGGGACCGCGAGAAUCGGGAACGGGACCGGCUGUCGGUUCGUAGCCGCGAGAACGUCAGAGGCAACGAGUUGGCCGGCGGUCUGACCGAUCAGCAGCAACAACAGCAACAGCAGCAGCAACAGCAACAACAACAGCAGCAGCAAGAGCAGCUCAAGAUCGAGUAUCAGAGCAAUGGGAAGCUCAGUCCCGCUGGGCACGCAGUGACAACAGCACCCAUGACCCAGCAAAAGCAGCCUAUCAUCACGCAGCAAUCGCAACAGCCGAGUUCUGGGCCGCCUGGUCCCCAACCGAGUCCCCAUCAGAGUCCACAGGCCCCGCAGAGGGGUUCGCCACCGAAUCCUUCGCAGGGUCCUCCGCCUGGGGGGCCGCCAGGGGCACCACCCUCGCAGAACCCAUCGCAGAUGAUGCUCAGCCCGGCGAGCGGCAUCCAUCAGAUGCAACAGCUCCUGCAGCAACACAUCCUCAGCCCCACCCAGCUCCAGUCCUUCAUGCAGCAGCACACGCUGUACCUGCAGCAGCAGCAGCAGCAGCAACACCAUCAGGACUCGUCGUCGGAGCACGCGUCGAACCAAGACCGAUUCGGCUACUUCUCGUCCCUAAAAGACCAUCAACAUCAGUUCGCGGAGCUGGGCAGGAAGAAGCUGGAACAGGCGAUACAGCAGCUACACGAGCAGCUGCAGCUGAACGUCAUUCAGCAGACGCAUCUGUUGCAAACCGCCGACAAGAAGAAGGCCUCCGGACCACUUCAGCAACUGGCGCUGCAACAGCAACGCCUGAUACAGCAACUGCAGAUCACGCAGAGCCAGUACCUUCUACAGCAAGGCCUUGGUCUGCAAGGACACAAUCCUUCUUCAGGUCUGCAAGCGGGCGAGGGUCUGCCGAUAUGGAAGACGGAACCACCGGAAGUCCCGGAAUCCCACCAGAAUUCCAACGUCUCGAAGCCCGGGAGCGGACUGAACGGAUUUCUGAAUUCGACAGUGUCGAGUCGCCGGUCGGAGAUGAACGGCACCACUCCGCUGGACGAGAAACCGUUGGACGUUUCCUCGAACGACAAGACCCAUCCCCUCUACGGUCAUGGGGUCUGCAAGUGGCCGGGCUGUGAAGUAAUCUGUGACGACUAUCAAGCAUUCCUUAAGCACUUGAACACCGAGCACACGCUGGACGACCGAUCGACGGCGCAGGCCAGGGUUCAGAUGCAGGUUGUCUCCCAGCUGGAGAUCCAGUUGCAGAAGGAACGGGACCGGCUCACCGCCAUGAUGCACCAUCUGCACGUUGCGAAGCAAAUGGCCUCCCCGGAACCACCGAAGUCGUCCGAGUCGUCGACCGGCUCGAGUAUACCAAAGUUAAAUCUCUCGACGGCGUUGAUGAGCCAGCCGCCGCCGAACUUCAGCGUCUCCCAAGUGUCCCCGGUCUCGAUGUCGGCGUUGGUCUCGGCGGUGAGGUCGCCGGCAGGUGGACAGCUGCCACCGCCGACCGGCGCGCCCAUGCCGCCCAUUCCCAACAUGUCGAACAUGUCCGGGAUGCCACCGUUGCCGAACAUGCCUGGUAGCAUGCCCACGAUGCCGACGCUGCCCAGCAUUCCAGGGCCCAUCAGGCGGCGAAUCAGCGACAAGUCCGCGCUCUCCAUGGCCGGAGGACUGUAUGACGAGGGCACUGUAAGGCGCAGAGUAGCCGUCGAUAGAUCUGGAAUAGAUAUUAACGAAGAGAUUCAACGAAAUAGGGAAUUUUACAAGAACGCAGACGUCAGACCGCCGUUCACGUAUGCAUCAUUGAUCCGGCAGUCGAUCAUCGAGUCGCCGGAGAAGCAGCUGACGCUGAACGAGAUCUACAAUUGGUUCCAGAACACGUUCUGCUACUUCCGGCGCAACGCGGCCACGUGGAAGAACGCGAUCCGCACCAAUCUAUCAUUGCACAAGUGUUUUGUGCGCUAUGAGGACGACUUCGGGUCAUUCUGGAUGGUGGACGACGUCGAGUUCGUAAAGCGGCGGCAUCUGUCCCGCGGCCGCCCCAGGAAAUAUGACCCAACCCCAUCACCCACUCCACCCCACCUCUCCGCACAGGGUGUCCCGUCGAAGAGUCCGACCUUAACGCACAGCCCGACCAUGUACGGUGACGCUUUGAACGCCAAUCUCCAGUAUUUCCAGGCGGCACUCGGGGACUCUAACAUGGGUUUUCUGAACAACACGAUGUGCACGUCGACGACGACGAGCCCCGACAAGGAGCACGUGUUAACCCACAACGACUUAAUGUCACCGUUGGAUGAACCAGCCGUGCACAUAAAGCAGGAAGGCCAGAGCCCGGAGGGUGGGAAGCUGACGAGAUUAAUAAAACGGGAGCUGGUCGACGCGCCGGUGGAGCCGGAGGGCGAGGACGACCAGGUGGACGAGAGGGAGUACCCGGAGAGCCACGGGCACGACUCGGGCCAGGACGAGGACAUGGCGGAGGACCUGUCGAUGGCGCCGGACAUCAUGACUCCCGAGGAUCAGAUGGAGGCGUAGUAUCGUUCCUCGAGCAGCGAAUAGGUUCGAGCUGUCGCUUUGAAGCCGGCGAGCGAGCGAGGAACGCGGACUGGCUCGUCACUUCCUCGCGAGCGGAUCCGUAGAGCCGACGACGAAUAAGCCGGGGAAAAAAAAAGAACGGGCGAGCAUUUCUUGGGAGAGGAAGCCAAAUCGAAGAAAAGACGAUGGAACGCCCCCCUCCCCUAGGACCAUCCUCCACUCUCCUCCUUCGUGACAGACCCGCUACUCAUCAUAUCCGACGCCGUGGAAUUUUCGAAACGGUUUCGACUUCUCGAAAACGGUGUCACGCAGAAAGGUAAAACGUAUAGAAGAUAACGUGUCGUCGUCGACGACGACGACGACGAAGACGCAGGCGAAGAAGAAGAAGAAGAUGAAGAAGAAGAACGAACGAACGCGGAACACGGUGCGCGCAACGUAGUCUGUGCGCGAGAUCGGUCGCGACGAUACGUCGACGAGAGUCGAACCCUCGCGAUCCUUCGAUCCAUAUCCUUACUCAAGCAAUUGCGAACAACGAUGUAUUUUCUGUUCUCUCCUUCCGUUUCAUUUCGGAACCGCGGUUAUAUCUAUAUACAUAUACAUACAAAUAUAUACAUAUAAAUAUGUAUCUCUCUCUCACACUCUCUCUCUUUCUCUAACUCUCUCUCUCUCUCUCUCUCUCUCUCUCUCUCUCUCUCUCUCUCUCUCUCUUUCGUGUACAUUGCAUUAGCGAGUAAAUGAAGAAGGGAAACGAAUUAUAUCCGCAGGCGAUAAAUCCUUGGCAGACAAGGAGAGCAAAGAGAGAAGACCCCGUCGUCGUACCUCGUUUCUUACUUCCGGCGGGCGCGCGCGUGCAUUAAAACGCGUUUAACACGCGCGUCUCCGCGAGUUCGUGCGAUUAAUAAUUAGCUUCCGGGGCGUUCGAAUCGCCGUUGUCGACGAACCCACUCGGUUCCCGAUCGUCUCCCCUCCUCUGCGUUUUAUCAUUUCCGUGCCGACGAGAAAAGACACACGCGGCCGAGUCUCGAAAGUCCGCCCCGCCCGGGACUGAGCUAAUUAAACGAAGUGAGAUCGCGCGAAAGGCCGCGGCGGUGCCGGGCACUCGCGGGAACGACUGACACAUUUAGCCUGUAAUGUAAUCGCGCGGUACGUAACAAUUAAGCAAUCGUGAGGAUCAAAAUCUCUCUCGCGCGAUCGCGAGCCGGUGUCUGCGCGCCGAUUCGGCGACCCAUAUCAGUGACGCGUUUCAAACACAGGGGCCCGUCCGCUGCUCCUAGCGCUGUGUAUAGUUUAGAGAACAAUUAAUUCGUAAGUAGUAUCACACGGUGGUGUGUCCGCGCGAGGAACAAUAGAGGGACGCGUGGGAACGCGCGCGCUCGCGACGGUGUUUUUCGACCGUGAGAAACGUUAUCGAGAGGUGUCUCGAUAUAUUCGGCCGCGAGACAUCGAGGAUCGGGAGGUAGGAAACGAGACGACGCGGAGAGGGAGCGGACGGAAGGCGAAGCGGAUGGCGCGAACACUUAUAAAUAAAUUCAAUUACUAUGUAUGCAUAUACAUAAACAUAUAUUAAUACGUAUACGUAUCGGAAUUAUAAGAAAUUAGAUGUCGAUGGCCCCUCCGAUGAAACAAGACACCCCCACCCACAUCCCCAGUCCCGCGUAAUCAAGCUCGGUUCCGAAUUUUCGAAACGGGACUGAUGUCCGAUCGUCGUUCGGACAGAAGCAUCGCGUCCAAAAAAAAAAGCAAGGGGGCCGCAAUCGUCGAACUUCUGGGCCCCUGGAAACACGAGUUCGAAAGCGAGCUCCGGUCGAUGGCCAAGACGCUUCUCGAACGCGAUGAUCCACGCCUCGUUAUCGCCGACGAUCUAUCGAUCUUGUGUACAUCGCCCGACGACGCCGCGACGCGACAGCCGCACGUUCUAGAUCGCGGCGACAGGAAGACUCGCUCGACCGUGUGUGAUAUAUUCCGUUCGAAUCGUAGGAGUGACACGUUUGUUUGUAAUAUUUUUGUAAAUUAAUUAGUUCCCGAGAACGGUAGCGCGUGUAGAUAGUCCGCAGCUCCUUCAUCGCGGAGGAGGUGUGCUUUAAUCGGCGAGGCUUCCGCCGCUGCGUUUCCCGUGCGCGAUCUUCGACAGCCCCGCGAUUCCCAGAAACCCAGCUAAUUGGGGAACAGCCGUUGCUCUUGGAUUUUUAGAUAGAUAAUCUGUCAUUUAGCAUUUCGGAAUUAUUGUCGCUGAUAAUUUUUGAUAAUUCACCGUUUCUGAGCCGCCGCCGCGCAACGAUCUGAAAUCCAAGAACAACCACCGUUUCGUUUAUCCACGUCGUCGUACCUGUGUUAGUUAUUCUGUCCAUUCCGGUUGUAAAAUAGUUAGACGUUUAAGUUUUUCGCGCAGAAUUUCUAUAGCUUGGAACACCAUCGUCAUUCGUCCGUCAAUCGUCGUAUCCUCCCCCGUUUUCGAAUCGUCGGGGAGACCCGCUUUUUCUCGAUUAGCGUGAACGUCGUCGCGGCGGUCAGGCUGUAAACGAACAACGUGCGAAACAAACGGAAGAAGGGGGUGAAAAAAUCGAGCGCGGCCGGUGCAGACCUGGGCUCGCUUUCACGUAAUGCUACAUAAUUACAUAAUCUAAGUCUAUAUGUAUUGUGUAUAAUGGAUUAAGGACUUGAUAUACCAUAGAAGAAGACUCUCCUGUAAAUAGUUGAACUCGUCGAGGCAUUAGGGAUUUGCGAACAUUUGCGUACAUUUUUCUGCGGAUGAAGUGAGUUUUACCGAUAGUGUGGUAUAUAAAAGUCUAUACAUAAAUAUAUACGUACACACACGAUCAGACAACACGGACAACACGUAACUACACCACAGGAGAUGAACCACCGAACGAAUGCGUUUCGCGUAUCCCGGCUGCAUUUAAUUUUUACUUUUCAAGAAAACGAAAUCUCGAAUUUUCCCGAGGAACGAACACGACGGCGACCGUCGAUUCUCACACGAGCCGGCAGCUCGAUUAGGCCGAAGAAAAAACUUUCUCGUUUGUUCUUUCUUUCUUUUUUAUUGUUCUUUCUUUUUUCUUUUGCUUCGUUUUCAAUCGAAAACGACGAACGGGUCGCGGACGACGAUCGCGCGGAUCCACGAGCAAGGGGCGAACCCAAAGGCGAAUCGAUCGAUCCGCCGCGAUCGGGACGAUCGAUCGAUUACGCUCGAGAUCAGACGAGAAUUAUAAAACAAAAGGAUGUUGAGAGAAAAAAAGAAAACACGGGAAACACAUUAGCACGAGACGAGAGGAGACCGUAACGACGUUUUUUCGUUUUCACGAACUUUUGUAUAGUAGGCCGCUGUUACCUUGCGAAUAUUCUCUAUAUUGUACAUGUUUAAACGUUCCCUGUUAUGUUUGUUGUAUAUUUCGGAUAGGUCUGUAAAGAGAUGUUUAAAUUUUUUCGUACGCGAGCGUGGGCAAUGCGGACGAGGGCGGGACGAGGAGGCUCGAAAUCCGAACUAUCGCGGUUUUCACACUCGGCCGGAUAAUACUUCGCGGAUGAUGAUAAUUCGCGGCGCCAGCGGUUUUGUUUUUCUUUUUCUUUAUUUUUUUUUUCUAUUCAUCCAUCUCUCGAGUCGACGAUCAAUUCAUUUCGAGGCAGAAUUCGUUGAAGCGCGGGGGUAGGGGGGAGGGCGCGUUUAACGCGGCACACCGCUGUCAUAUCAGAUUAUUCUAGGGGUAUCGGACUGAAACGGCGCUUUAGAUGUUUAAAAAACAGAUCCUUUGAUUUUUCCUCGCGGAGAGAACAGGCUGGUGGGGAAGUAUACACCGACGAACAAACUUUCUCACGUCUCGGGACAGAGAGGGUGGACUGUCGAUCGCGGGGAUCUAUUUUUUCAGACACGGUACACAUCGGGGACGCGUGUUUCUCUCGGACCGAUAUUUUUGGCAUCGCGCUCGUCGCUUCGAUCGUGAUCGCGAGCGUCCGAUUCGCAUUAACGAAUCCUUCAGUAUUAUCCUGUGCCGUACGAGAAAAAUAAGGGGGGAGGGGCGGGAGGGCGGGGGGAGAGGCGGCGUGUGGCGAUAAAAAAAGGGGAACGAGAAAAAAAUCGGAACGAAAGCCGAGGCAUAAAACGGGGAAGUUCUUGAAUUGCGAUCCGAGCUCUUUAGAAUUAAAUUCGACGAAAAUUCCUAGAACCUUAUCGUCUGGAUUUAUUUUAUUAAGUAUUGUAUGAUAAGUUGCCUUGUAAAAAUGUACCGAUUUUACCAAGAAAAAUUAAAUGUGUUACUGAAAGAAAAACCAACCAGUUUGAGCUGUUUCAUCGAACCUUUUUUUCUCGCCGGCAGAAAAAAGGUGGCGGAGGAUCUAGCGGUUUUCGGUUUUAUCGAUUUAAGUAGUGUAAUUGUAAGUGAUCGAGAGCUAUAUAAUUUUCACUGUACUUUCUUUGUAUAAGACUGAUACAUCGUUUUGUAUAAUGCUUAAAAUGAUGAGGAAAAUACGAUCCUGUUAGGUACGACAAGAUUUAUACACGUAAAUCGAUGUGUUUCACGAUAUAAAUGUGUUUAGAAAUGACGGAAAAAAAAUGGACUUAUAUCAUACUGUACAUAGAGGACUUAAGGAAUCGCAUUUUCUAGCUCGAAUUAAGCACUAGGAAUAAGUCUUUAUCUAAUAGAAUCGUCUUGAAAAGAUAAUAAAACAGCAAUUCGUGAACAUAUUGAGGA